AUGAAUAGUGAAAUAAGGAAAAUUGUGCAUACAUAUGGAAUUGAAUAUAUAUGCGAAAAAAGGGAAAAAAAAAAUAUUAUUUUAUUUAUAAUAAUAACAUUUUCUCUAUAUUAUAUAUACUACUUAUAUUUGGGAUACAAAAAAGGCAUUUUUAUUAUUAACGAAGUUCAAAUAUUUAUUUUGUUUUUCUAUAUAUUGUUAAUCAUAACAUAUUUAAACAAUUAUAGUAUUGAAAAAUUAUUUUUAAUAAAUAAUGUUGGUAUACAAAUUGAGAAAAGUAGUUGGCUGCAACAUUCGUUAAAAUUUAUUUGCAUAAGCGAUGUGAAAAGAAUUUUUAUUAAUGAAGUGAUAUAUAUUUUUGAAAUAUGCCCAAAAUUAUGCAUUGUCCUUAAAAAUACAAAAUCUCUAGUUAUUUUCGAGGAUUAUCAGCUAGGAAUUAAGAACUUGAUUAUGAUAUAUAGAGACAUGAAAAGUGUUAUUUUUGAUGAAGAUAAUUUAGAAUUAAAAAAUAUUAAAGUUAUGGAUGUAGAAAAUAAAAAUAUUGAGAUAGUAAAAAAAGAUGAUGAAAUAUAUAAAGAACAAAAUAGUUCCUCAUUAAAUAAUACAUGUAAUUUGAGCGAUAUUUAUGUAAAUAGUGAUAAUAUUUAUAAAUUUAUUAAGUCAAACAGUUUUGAAAAAUGUAUGAUUAAAAAUAAAACUAAUCAAAAUAAAAUAACGAAGACAUUUGAUAUACAUAUUAGUAAAAAAUUAGCUAUUGAAAUUAUGAAUAGCUGA